GUUUUGUCCGAUGGUUGCUCAGUUCGUGGUCGGCGGCAGCGUUUACUUCCUGCUCCUGCUGCUUACUCUGGGGGAGGAGCUUAAGCAUUGCCCCGCCCCCCUACAGUCUCUCUGCUGCUGGGUUCACGAAACCAAGCCCGCCCGGACGAUGCUCACGGUCACAGCCAUCGCCGUCAACUUCGGAGUCGCCUCCUCAGACAUUCUGUGGUGCGAUUCGUCAGACACUCACAACAGCAGCGACUCCCAGCUGGCUCCGCCCACCUCCACCUGGUCAGACAUUAACAUCUGCACACAUCCAGAGUACAUGGUGCUGAGUGGUGUGGUUGCCAUGGUUACCUGCGCGGUGUUCCUCAGGUUGAGUUGCGUGUUGAAGCUGGUCAUCCUCCUGCUUGCCGCGGCCCUCUACACCUACCUCAUAGAGACGCACAGGUCUCAUCACUUGUGUAAGAAGGGCGUUUGUGUCGUUCUCAUGGUGAUGUUUGUGGUAGCCGUCCUCUACAACAGCAGACACCUGGAGGCGACGGCGCGGCUGGACUUCUUGUGGCGCCUCCAGGCGAGGAAGGAGGUAGAGGACAUGAGGGAGCUGAGGGAGCACAACGAGUGUCUGCUGCUCAACAUCCUGCCGGCACACGUCGCCCAGCACUUCUUGGAGAGAGACCGCCACGACGAGGAGUUGUACUCGCAGUCGUACGAGCGAGUCGGCGUCCUCUUCGCCUCCCUGCCGGGUUUCUCCGACUUCUACGAGCAGAAGGAGGUCGUUCAUCAGCCCGUCGAGUGUCUCCGCCUCCUCAACCACAUCAUCACCGACUUCGAUGAGCUGCUGGAUGAAUGUUACUUUCAGGAAGUGGAGAAGAUUAAAACCAUCGGCAGUUCGUAUAUGGCAGCUUCUGGUCUCUCUCCUGACAGACAGGAGUGCGAGGACGGCUGGCAUCACCUCAGCGAGUUGGUUCUGUUUGCUCUCGCCAUGCAGGAAACGCUCAAACACAUCAACACGCACACAGGAAACAGCUUCCAGCUGCGAGUUGGUAUCGCUCAUGGGCCGGUGAUUGCUGGCGUGAUCGGCGCCACCAAACCUCAGUACGACAUCUGGGGGACGACAGUGAACAUGGCGAGCCGGAUGGAGAGCACCGGCGUCAGCGGGAGGAUCCAGGUCCCAGAGUCCACCAGCUGCAUCCUGGUGGAGCGAGGCUUCCUACGGCAGCUCAGAGGGAACAUUUACGUCAAAGGCAUCAGUGAACGCCACGGAAAGGUUCGUACGUUUUUCGUGAGCAGUCGCGAGGAGCGCUCCAGUUUCACGGAGCGCGGCGGUGGGCGGGGCUUCAGUCUGAACAGGAACACGCUGGGAGCUGUGGUCUACAGUCUGGUUCAGGCCCGGAAGAGGGAGAAACGGAUGGAGGAGAACGGAGGGUUCCACCUGGUGGAGGCGUCGUAGGAGGAGGCCAGGUGUCGUCCUCCAAUCAGAACUUCCUCUUCUGUGGUUUGGAUUCAAAAAACAAGAAAACUUUAUUUAAAAUCUAGAAGACUUUCCCCGACUGCUUCAAAAGAGAAAUUACUUUUUUUUUCCCGUCUUGCAGCCAGUGAACAGCGGCGGCGCCUGUAGGUCGUAGAUUUAAUACACCCAUUAACUGACGCAGCUAUCAGACACUUGGACUCCUGGACCAUGAACAUGUGACCUGACUUUAAUCAAACCUUUAAAUUCAGCCUCAGAAAGUCAUUUGAAAUAAACGUGUUUACUGUCUAUUGAUUACCGAUAUUGAUUACCAAUAAGUUUUUGUUUACUUUCCUCUCUUUGACAAAUGUUUUCUAACGCAUUAUAAAAUCCAAUAAAGGUGCA